CCACAAGCCUGACUCGAAAGGGAAUACCGAUCGAAUGAUAUUCGUAAUAAAUUAUACUAAUUGACUGAUAAUAUUGAAAUUUAUCCUAUAAACUGUAUUAGAUACUACUAAGUUAUAAAUCGAUUGCGAAAUAAAUUUGAACGGCAAUUACAUAGUAUAAUACUGGAUGCGAAUAGAUUCAAUCUCCAGGGACGAAAAUAUGAGCGAAUGGAUCAAAACAAUUUACAGGUUUUAGUGAAGCAAAACAGGAAUUAAUAUAGCAUAACCUGAAAGAAAAUUACCUGUUUCAAAAUAAGUCUUAUUGUUGAACAUUGUUUGGCGGUGGUCGUGGAGGGGAUAAAAACCAUACGUAGUCUCAAUUGUAAUUAACAUAAGAAUGGCAAAGCGAAUGGUUCAAAAAUCAAGGACGUGGGAUCUGCGGUUACUUAUUCCCCUGCAAAUUAGCUCAAGUUACUCCAAAUUGAGGAUAAUUUCAAGCUGAUCCAAUACAGACGGUCCUCCACUGAUCGCUGUCCGUAAGGAUUCAACAUUCAAAGAUAUGGCGGACACAGAAAUUGUGGGUCCUGCCGUAAAAGGGCAUCGCCGGUUUUUCGUAUUGGGACCUCCAGUGACAUUACUAAUGUUCUCAAAUGCAUUGACAGGUACAAUCCUGACGGACUUAAUAGUGUAUCGGGCGUGUCUAUUUUCACCAAAUACAAAUCACACGGAGUGCAGUAUUCUUCGCACAAAUGCGAGUAGUUCUGAAGCAAUAGACGUAGAGGCCCAAGUGGAAGCUCAUGUAAGCAUGAUUGUGUUGGCAAAGUCUUUGAUCGAAAGUGUGCUACCAGCAAUACUUUCUCUAUUCCUUGGUCCUUGGAGUGAUCGAGCUGGAAGGAGGCCGCUUUUUCUAUCCGGGUUUGCGGGUUUUACCAUAUUCUACAUAUCACUCACUUUCAUGUGUAAUUGGAACAUGAAUCCUUGGUAUUUCUUGAUUCCUUCGCUACCGGCAUCUGCUUUGGGUGGAUUAGGUGCCGUGAUAAUAGCAUCGAUGUGUCAUAUCGCUGACACUUCUGCAGAAAAAGACAGAACUAUGCUCUUGGCUUGGCUGCAAGCCUCAGUUUAUAUUGGAGUUUUAUUUGGCAUCUUUACUGGACCUCUGAUUUUUAAAACCAGUGGUUAUACUGCUGUAUUUAGUACAGCGGCAAUCUGCUGUAUGCUGGCACUACUUUACAUUUACUUUUUUGUCCAAGAAACAGUACAAGAUACCUCUAAGGAAUCGAUACGUGGACUGUUCAAAAUCUCGUCAGUUCAAGAGCUUGUUUCAAGCGCUGUCGAGAAGCGAGAUGGCUUUUUUCGACCGGUCGUCUGGCUUGCAAUUUGCAUUCUUGCCCUGUCCAUAAUGGUUCUUGAAGGGGAAGUCAGCAUAAGUUUUCUCUUUACAAGAGAGCGACUGGGCUGGGAUGUUCAACGUUAUUCCUAUUUUAGUGGGACAGCUGUUCUAUUGAGUAUCCCAUGUAUGAUUGUCGGCGUCUCGUGGUUCAGUCGUAUUUUAGAUUUUCCAGAUAGUUUAAUAACUGGUAUAGCACUCACAUCAUGCCUGGGUGGUGCACUUACAAAAGCCUUUGCAACAGAAGGUUGGCACAUGUAUCUCUCGUCGUUUAUUGGAUUUUUUAAUGGAGCAACAGGACCAGUUAUGCGAUCUACCAUAUCAAAGUCUGUACCUGCUAAAGAUAUUGGUAAAGUAUUUUCUCUUACCUCGUCGCUGGAAACAUUGAGUCCGUUGGUCGGAGCUCCACUGUACACGCUAAUUUAUUCUCAUUAUUUACCACCGAUUUAUCCAUCACCUGUUUUUCUUCUUUCGGCUAGUUUUUUCACACUACUGCUAUUACUGACAUUGUGUUUAGCAGUAGUGAACCGAAAUUAUCGCAAUGUAAAUUUUGCGCCCUUGGUUGAGGAGGAGUAAAGUCAAUGGUUACAAUAAAUAGUAUACUCUGUUACAAUUGCGGAAAGUGGGUAAUUUCCAACGAGUGUGGAGUUUGCAGCGUCGGCCGCAAAAGUAAGUGCUGCGUUCGCACGAAUACGAGUACAAAGUAGGCAGUAGCCGAGAUAGCCGGAGUGUACCCAAUUGUGAAGUUCAGGUAAGCGAGUGCGCCAGCGUCGUUUUACCGUACCGUUCAGAAAUGGGCACAUUACGCACGCCCGACACGCUUCGAAAAUCCACCUUACCUAGCACGUGUUUGAAAAAUUUCACCAUUCUUUCAUCAAUUAUUGUGCGUUACAUCAAACGCAGUGUGACAUAGCAUACUUUAUAUAUUGUGUUGAUCUAUACCGCAUUACUAUAUUACUAUAUUUACGAACUGUAAAAACGUUGCUACGAAUCGAAUUAUAGAAUUUUCUCAUUUCAAAACUACCGACGGACUGAUUUUAACAGUAUUAAACGCACACACAUAUUAUGGUUAAUGAUCAUUUUUAUGCGAUGAGCGCAAAUUUCUAGUCCAGCAAAAAUUUGGAGGUAGAGUUCGUUACCUCUGACAGCGGUUCUUUUCGAAAUGUUUAGUUCAACCCCCUAGCGAUUGCGUUGUCGACUUAACUAUAAGUUGAUAGAACCAGAAGGGUGAAGUGCUUACGUGCACAUCUUUUUUGGACUGUAGUAAUAUUUGAGAUGAGUUAGAAGUUCGUGACUGUAUUGGUUGUAUCAUUAAGAUUUCGUUGGUUUUGACAGUCAGUGAUGACAAGAUGCAGUUCAUAGAGAAUUUACGACGUUUCGGCAGGACCCCGCCUGCCAUCAUCAGGUUUCUUAAAAAAUUAAAAAAAAAAAACAAAAAUAAUAUAUGUAUAUAUAAAUUUUACAGAUAUAAAUUUAACAAUUAACACUUUCAAUUACAAUUAUUA